UCACGCGUACUAUCAGUGAUCUAUCUAUCGCCAUCCAUUAGUAGAGGUAGCCAUAGUCCAAAGUGCCAAUGUACAUCCUUCCUCGGGAGCAGGACAGGCUACUCCUUCACCAGGCUGGCUUCUUAGCCCAGAAGCGUCUUGCAAGAGGACUGCAACUCAACAUCAACGAGGCCACCGCUCUCAUUGCUUCACAGUUGCAGGAGCGUAUUCGAGAUGGUAAACACUCGGUCGCAGAGCUCAUGCAACAUGGCAAGACCCUCCUGGGCAGAAGACAUGUCCUCCCGAGUGUGCCGGCCCGGCUCCAUGACAUCCAAGUGGAGGGGACAUUCCAUGAUGGUGUCUUCUUGGUGACUGUGCACGACCCUAUCUGCACGGAUGACGGUGACCUGGAGGCAGCUCUGUAUGGCUCCUUCCUGCCUAUUCCUUCCCGCGAUGCCUUCCCCCCUUCCCAAAUUUUGUUAGAGAGCCUCCCGGGUGCGAUCAUUGCCAAGAAGGAGCGCAUUAUUAUUAACCGUGGGCGGGAACGUAUAAAACUCAAAGUCACUAAUAACGGUGAUCGACCCAUCCAAGUCGGCUCGCACUACCACUUCCCCGAGACGAACAAAGCUCUCGCAUUCGACCGCGUUAAGGCUAUUCACAAACGACUCGACAUACCCGCAGGCACGGCUGUACGCUUCGAGCCUGGAGACACUAAGACCGUUACACUGUGCUCUAUUAGCGGUGAGAAAUGUCCCAAAGGGGGGAACAUUAUCAGCCCUAUCAUUGCGAUCGAUCUGAUGUGCGGUGAUUCUGAGCUAAUCGACACAAAGAAGCUCAAGGGAUUUACGCAUGUGCCUGAGCCAGAUGCACCUUUGGUGCAUGAAGACACUGAUAUGGGUAGGGAGGAGUAUAUUUCAAUGUUUGGGCCUACAGUUGGCGACCGUAUCCGGCUUGGUGAUACAAGCUUGUGGAUCAAGAUCGAAAGAGAUUCGGCCGUGUAUGGCGACGAAGUCAAGUUCGGCGGAGGUAAAGCCAUUCGGGAUGGAAUGGGCCAGAAGGUGGGCUGUAAGGUGCCGGACUGUAAGGAAGACGCGGGCUGCAAGGAAGCCCUUGAUCUCGUAAUCACAAACGCGGUUAUUGUUGAUUGGAGCGGAAUUUACAAGGCAGACAUUGGUGUACAGGAAGGCGUUAUCGUUGGUAUUGGAAAAGCUGGAAAUCCAGACGUGAUGGAUGGAGUAGACCCUCGCCUUGUCAUUGGCUCCUCGACCGAAGUCAUUGCCGGCGAAAAGUUACUCGUCACAGCGGGCGCUAUCGAUGCCCAUGUGCACUAUAUCUGUCCGCAACAAGUUACAGAAGCCCUCGCAGCUGGCACGACGACGAUGAUCGGAGGUGGGACCGGUCCGAGCGCGGGUACGAAUGCAACAACGUGUACGCCAAGUCCAUUUUAUAUCAAGCAUAUGCUCGCUGCAACGGAUGGUCUACCGAUGAAUUUUGCGUUUACCGGCAAGGGAAAUGACUCGCACUGUACUGAAAUGGAAGAAAUCAUUAAAGCGGGCGCGGCUGGGCUCAAGUUACAUGAAGACUGGGGAAGUACCCCCGCUGCAAUUAAUGCUUGUUUGGAUGUAGCGGAUCGCUAUGACGUACAGGUAAAUAUCCACACGGAUACUCUGAACGAGAGUGGAUUCGUGGAGAGCACGAUUGAGGCAUUUGGGGGACGUACCAUUCACACUUAUCACACCGAGGGUGCUGGUGGUGGUCAUGCCCCAGAUAUCAUCGUUGUCUGUGGUUUGAAUAAUGUCCUUCCGUCGUCUACGAACCCAACCCGCCCUUACGCCACCAAUACCCUCGAUGAACACCUCGACAUGUUAAUGGUCUGCCACCACCUUGACAAAUCCAUCCCAGAAGACCUGGCCUUUGCAGAGUCGCGCAUCCGAGCAGGAGACUUGGGCGCCAUCUCUAUGAUUAGCUCCGAUUCGCAGGCGAUGGGACGUGUUGGCGAGGUUGUCACGCGGACGUGGCGCACUGCCAGUAAACUGAGGAGUCUCAGGGGUCCAUUAACGGAGCUUGGUGACACCGACGAAUGUGAUAAUGGGAGGGUGAAGAGGUACAUUGCGAAGUAUACGAUUAAUCCCGCGAUCACGCACGGUAUCGGCUCUUAUGUGGGCUCGAUCGAGGUUGGCAAGGUCGCGGACCUUGUUUUGUGGAAACCCGAAAACUUCGGCGCGAAGCCGGAGAUGAUCCUCAAAUCUGGCGUCAUAGCUUGGGCGCAGAUGGGAGACGCCAACGCCUCUAUACCAACAGUCCAACCUACCUACGGCCGCCCAAUGUGGGGCUCCUUCCCUGGAUCGGCCGCCGGCAACUCUUACGCCUUCGUUUCCAAGCAUGCCUAUGACCACAACGUUGCUGUGUCGUAUGGUCUCACAAAGCGUGUUGCACCCGUGAAGAAUUGCCGCUCCGUCAAGAAGAAGGAUAUGAAAUGGAACAAUGCAUUGCCCAAGAUGUCGGUUGAUCCGGAGAGCUACGAGGUCCGCGCGGAUGGGGUACUUGCGGAUGUGGAGCCGGCUAGGAAGGUUGCACUCGCCAGGGAGUACAAUUUCUUCUGAGAUUUUGCAGUCAU